GCGCAGCCUGUUGGUCGGGGCCGUGCGCGCGCGCGGAGCCGCCGGGGGUUCCCGCCCGCGGACACCUGGGCCCUGGCCCUGCCGCAGCCCCGCCUGUCCGCCGCGCCACCAGCCAUGCGGCAGCCGCUCUACCGCUGCUACAACAUCACCUCCGUGGAGAAGGGCUACUCGGCGACCAUGGGCGGGGUGCUUUUCAGCGCGGGCCUCCUGGGCAACCUGCUGGCGCUGGGGCUGCUGGCUCGCUCGGGGCUGGGGUCUUGCCCGCCGCGCACGCCGCCCUCGGUCUUCUACGUGCUGGUGUGCGGCCUGACGGUCACAGACUUGCUGGGCAAAUGCCUCGUGAGCCCCUUCGUGCUGGCCGCCUACGCGCAGAACCGGAGCCUGUGGGGACUGGCGCCCGCGUCGGACAGCUCGCUGUGCCAAACCUUCGCCUUUUUCAUGUCUUUCUUUGGGCUCGCCUCCACGCUGCAGCUCCUGGCCAUGGCCCUGGAGUGCUGGCUCUCCCUGGGGCACCCCUUCUUCUACCGACGGCACAUCACCCUGCGCCGCGGCGCGCUGGUGGCGCCCGUCGUGGGCGCCUUCUGCCUGGCUUUCUGCGCGCUGCCCUUCGCGGGCAUCGGGAAGUUCGUGCAGUACUGCCCCGGCACCUGGUGCUUCAUCCAGAUGGUGCACGAGGAGCGCUCGCCGUCGGUGCUGCGCUACUCAGUGCUCUACGCCAGCCUUAUGGCCCUGCUGGUCCUCGCCAUCGUGCUGUGCAACCUGAGCGCCAUGCGCAACCUCUACGAGAUGCACCGGCGGCUGCGGCGGCGCCCGCGCUCCGGCACCAGGGACCGCGCGGAGCCGGGCGCCGGCGAGAAGGAGGCGGCUGUGAAGCCCCUGGAGGAACUGGACCACCUGCUGUUGCUGGCCCUCAUGACGGUGCUCUUCACUCUGUGCUCCCUGCCUUUAAUAUAUCGUGCUUACUAUGGAGCAUUUAAAGCGGUCAAUGAGGAAAACGGCACCUUUGAAGAAAUGGAAGACCUCCGAGCCUUGCGUUUUCUAUCUGUAAUCUCCAUUGUGGACCCUUGGAUUUUCAUAAUUUUCAGAACACCGGUAUUUCGGAUGUCUUUUCACAAGAUUUUCAUAAGGCCUCUUAUGUACAGAAAUUGGUAUAGCAAUUCGUGCCGAACUAACAUGGAGUCCAGUCUGUGACAGUAUUUUACCAUCCAGUCUCUGAUUUUUGCAUACAUGAAUGAAACCUCUUCCCGAAAAGAAAAGUGGGACCUCCAAGCUCUUAGAUUUUAUCCAUCAAUU